AAUUUUUUCCCCCCGAGUGCCAUUUUCCACAGGUACUCACAGAGCAAUAAGGUGUGACUGGAAUGGCUGCACUGAGUUGCCUUUUGGACAGUGUUAGAAGGGACAUAAAGAAGGUGGACAGAGAACUAAGGCAGCUGAGAUGCAUCGACGAAUUCAGCACGCGAUGCCUGUGCGACCUAUACAUGCACCCUUAUUGCUGCUGUGACUUGCACCCGUACCCGUACUGCCUGUGCUAUUCAAAGCGAUCCCGCUCCUGCGGGCUGUGCGAUCUCUACCCGUGUUGCCUGUGUGAUGUCAAGCUUUACUGUCUUCGACCGUCUCUCAGAAGUUUGGAGAGGAAAGCCAUCCGAGCCAUAGAAGAUGAAAAGAGAGAGCUUGCCAAAUUAAGAAGAACAACAAAUAGAAUUCUGGCUUCCUCUUGCUGUAGCAGUAAUAUUUUAGGAUCGGUAAACGUGUGCGGCUUUGAACCUGAUCAAGUCAAGGUUCGCGUGAAGGACGGAAAGGUGUGUGUGUCAGCCGAGCGCGAGAACAGAUACGACUGCCUGGGAUCGAAAAAGUACAGCUACAUGAACAUCUGCAAAGAGUUCAGCUUGCCCCCUUGUGUGGACGAGAAGGACGUGACGUACUCCUAUGGGCUCGGCAGCUGUGUCAAGAUCGAGUCUCCCUGCUACCCUUGCACGUCUCCCUGCAACCCCUGUAACCCCUGUAGCCCCUGCAACCCCUGCAACCCCUGCAACCCCUGCAACCCCUGCAGCCCCUGCAGCCCCUGCAGCCCCUGCAACCCCUGUGACCCCUGCAACCCAUGCUAUCCCUGUGGGAGCCGGUUUUCCUGUAGGAAGAUGAUUUUGUAAAGUGUAGGAACCCAGGACCUAGUAGAAGUCAGGUAUCCAGCCAGGCAGCUCUUCCAGUGUUUCUGUCCCCCUCCCCACAGUCCC